AUGGACAUCCAUCAUGCUGAUACCAUAGCGCAAGUCUUCACUCCAGACGAUGAAAUUCGGAUUGCAAUUCAACAACAGGACCUUUACACGUUACCAAGUCAAUCUUUUAUUUACGUACAAGGGAAACUAUUGAAAGACGAGGGAACCGUUGAUAAAGAUUCAAAAUUGUCAGCAAAUCCGAUCGCUCAUAUGUUUAGUGAAGUACGAUUUGAAUGUGGAGGGAACGUAAUUGACAGAGUAAGAAAUCCAGGAAUAGCUAGCACAUUAAAAAAUCUUUGCUCACUAACAAGAUCAGAAUACUAUCAUGCCUCUAAUGCAGGUUUCGAAUAUACAAAUGUUAAAGUAAAUGAAAAUACGGGUGAUUUUGAUUUUUGUGUUCCCCUGGAACAUUUUCUUGGUUUCGCGGAAGAUUAUAAUAAAAUUUUGAUAAAUCUCCGUCAAGAAUUAGUUUUAGUACGCAGUAAUUUAGACAAAAAUGUUAUUGAAAGUCUUUUACCUAAUAUGAUAAUUAAUAUUAAUAAAAUAGUAUGGGAAGUCCCUCAUGUUUCUGUAGCCGAUGUUGAACGUUUAAAACUUUUAGAGUACAUAGAACAAGGAACUGAAUUAGACAUGGAAUUUAGAUCAUUUGAUUUACAUGAAUACCCAUCAUUACCAAAAAGUAGACAACACACAUGA